AUGGCAACAACAACAGAAGGAGCGUCACUGACCAGUGUGCAGGUGCUGUGCCCCCCGAACAAAUCGUUUGGAGGACAGCUGCAGUAUGCGAGUGGAUCUGCGGCAUGGCAGUGUGCGUUUUCCAAAGACGGCCAGUAUUUGGCGGCGUGCUUUGGACCUCCCGAUUUGGUGGUGCGAGUAUGGCGACGGCUUGGUAAUGGCGAGUGGACAUUGGAUUCGGUCGUGUCGGGCAUUCAUGAACGAACCAUUCGAUCGAUUGCCUUUGCGCCGUUGUUGAGUCCCUUGAUUUUGGCCAGUGCAUCCUUUGAUGGAUCCGUCUCCAUUUGGGAGAAAUCUACUACUAGUAAUGACAGUGAUGGCUGGGAAUGCGCCGCUCAAUUGGAAGGACACGACAAUGAAGUCAAGGGCGUCGCUUGGAAUGCCACGGGAAGUCUACUGGCCACUUGCAGUCGCGACAAGUCCGUGUGGAUUUGGGAGUGCUUUUUAGCAGGCACCGUGGGAGCAUCGGACACGGAUAUUGAAUGCAUUGCCGUAUUGAAUGGUCACGAAGGAGACGUCAAACAGGUACAAUUUGCACCAUCUCAUGGAAUCCUCGGGGAUGGCGAGGAAAUUGUCCUCAGUGCUUCCUACGACGACACUAUCAAAUGCUGGGCGGAAGAUUGUGGAGAAUGGUUUUGUGCCGCAUCCAUUGCCAAUGUACACACAUCCACCAUUUGGGCGCUUACGGUAGCUCCCGGAGGUGGUCGCGUCAUUUCCUGUUCGGCCGAUGGAUCUCUGGGAAUACUCAAAUUUGAUGCCACGGCUGGCGCUAUUGACGCUCAUGAUGCUUGGAAAUGUGUCGGAAAAUUGCCCGAUGCCCAUCACAAACUCCCCAUUUACGACUGCGAUUACGCACCCGCCAAAGCCGGUCAUGGACGCAUUGUGACCGCUGGAGGCGAUGAUCGCAUCCAAAUUUACCGAGAAGCUCUAGGGAGUACAUCGGACCGACCCUUGUUUUCCUUGGAUGCCUCCGUUGUGUCGCAUGACGGUGAUGUCAAUAGUGUCUGUUGGCAUCCUCAUGAUGGAUCCUUGUUGGCGUCCUGUGGAGACGAUGGUACAGUACGUAUUUGGAAAUAUAAGACUGGAGUGUAG